AUGCCAAUCUCAACUUCUGUCGACAGCCACGUCGGGCCUCUUCCUUCUCUAGCUUCAAACAGCCAAAGAGCCCUAGAAUCCGGCAAAAGCUUACUCUCUGAUGAGAACAAUGUGGUCCUAACGGUGAUUGAUGCCCCAUUUGAUAGCUCAAAGCCCCAAGAUUCUAUGACUUUUCGGUCCAACGAUGAUAUUGAGGGUCGCUUGAACAACCUCCCUCCUCAACCUCUUGAAACAGCCAGAGUCUUCGAGGUGACUGUUCAUAAUGAUUUUGUCAUAACUGGCAUUCGGAACAGCAAAGGUCCAGAGAAACCACGUCCAGCCAGACAUGCUUUGAUGAGCUAUUUACAAAGCAUGUACAUGCGGCCCCUGGAGGAGCGUCACAUAUCUCGAUGGCUCAAUGAUCCUCUACUUGUCAACGACAUCGGGAGCAUCUCGUCGCAAUGGUGCCAGGAUGUUGGCGGGCAUGAACAAUUGCAUCGCGUUGUCAAUCGGAUGAGCCUCCAGCAGCAUCCAUUGGACUUUGAUGUCCAGCCUCGAGACUCUUACAUGACUUGUGCGAAGGAUGGCGAUAGCAAAUUAAUCGUUGUCAUUUUAUCUUUCCUGAUGAACCUUAUCCUUAACAAGGUCCGAACCAAGGCUAUCGUGAGUCAUCGGAACGACUGCACGAUGGAUAAAAAAGAAAAAGCACUACUGCAGAUUGCAAUCCACAGCAAUCCACACCUCCAAGUCCCACUCGGUCUGUUCGAGCCGCGCCUGUCUACUCCAAGCAAAGAAGCUUUCAAAGGAAUUGAAGAUGCUGAAGGAAUCUGGAGAAAUCUUGCCAAUAUUAAGGAUUCUAUCUUUCUUAUUCUUAAGUGCCUUGAGUAUGAUGACAAGACGGAGAGGAAGCGGGCUAUUCCGGAAUCCCUGCAGCGACGGAUACGGGAGAUCAAAGAGCUGUGCGAUGAGCGCGCCAAUAAUGCCCAACGAGCCUUGGAUGCUCUCAACUGUCAGCUUGAUUAUUUGACAAAGCGCCAUGCUAUUCAGGAAGCGAAGUCAAUCAAAACUCUGACCUUCUUGGCUUCUGUAUACCUACCUUUAUCAUGGGAAGAAGUGGAAGUUUGGAGGGAAGAAGGGAACGUGGUUCAAGGCACUUCGCUGGUUCCGGUCGUUUUGGAUUAG